GGGCGGAGAGCGGGGAAGGCUGGCGGCGGCGCGGACACGUGCAGGAUGUCCUUCAAGAAAGAAACUCCGCUUGCCAACGCUGCAUUCUGGGCAGCGAGGAGGGGAAACCUGGCCCUACUGAAACUUCUGUUGAACAGUGGUCGUGUGGAUGUGGACUGCAGAGACAGUGUAUGGACAGACAUGCAUGGCACCACACUCCUCAUGGUCGCCUCCUACGCUGGCCACAUAGACUGUGUGAGGGAGCUGGUUCUACAGGGGGCAGACAUCAACCUCCAGAGAGAGUCAGGUACAACUGCCCUGUUCUUUGCUGCCCAGCAAGGCCACAAUGACGUCGUGAGAUUUCUCUUCGGAUUUGGAGCAUCUACUGAACAUAGGACCAAAGACGGGGGCACUGCCCUGUUGGCUGCCAGUCAGUAUGGGCACAUGCCAGUGGUGGAGACCUUGCUGAAGCAUGGGGCCAACAUCCAUGACCAACUGUAUGAUGGAGCCACUGCCCUCUUCCUAGCUGCCCAAGGUGGUUACUUGGAUGUUAUUCGACUACUGCUGUCUUCAGGAGCAAAAGUCAACCAGCCAAGGCAGGAUGGAACUGCGCCGCUGUGGAUCGCAUCCCAGAUGGGCCACAGCGAGGUGGUGCGCGUGAUGCUGCUGAGGGGAGCUGACCGUGACGCUGCACGCAACGACGGCACCACAGCGUUGCUGAAGGCAGCCAACAAAGGGCACAGUGACGUCAUCGAGGAGUUGCUCAAAUUCUCACCUGCUCUCGGUAUUUUGAAGAAUGGGACGUCAGCUCUCCACGCAGCAGUGCUCAGCGGAAACAUGAAAACAGUUGCACUGCUCCUGGAAGCAGGGGCAGAUCCAGCCUUGAGAAACCAGGCCAAUGAGCUUCCAGCAGAACUGACCAAAAACGAGCGCAUACUGCACCUCCUAAGAAGCAAAGACGGACCUGGGAAGAAUGAAUUUGGCUCCAUCUUAGAUAGGUAGAAAUUUAGGCCGUGUUGUCUGGAAAGAAAUGGUUCUUAAGAAGGUUGGACAUUCUUGAAGAAAGAAUGUCCACCCUGUGGGUUUGUGCAUUGUGCACUAAAUCAAGGAAGGGCUUGGGGUCUACUUCCCCUACUUACAUUGAGCUUCUCACACUGCCUGGUAACUUGGCCCCUGAGGACAUGGAUAUUCACAGAUUUCACAGAAACUUAUUAUGAAUAUGCUAGUGUGAGUCCCUCAGUUAAACUUGGUGUUUGACGUGGGUUUAGUGCUAAAAAGUGGAGACAAAGGCUUUGUUCUUUAAGAGUCAAAGACUGACCAUCAAUGAAUCAAUGCAUUUUUGCUUUUGUGUUAAAUGUAGCUAUGCUAAAAUACAUUUCAUCCAUCAUAGUUGUGUAUGUCCCUUCAGUAUAAAAUAUUUUCUACCACCUGAAGAUCAUAGCCAUGAUUCUUGUGACCCGAUGACACCUAAGCAUUCUGACAUUCUACUAUGUGCUACUCAAAGGUGAGCCAUUGAUACAUAGAAAAGAUAAACUAUAGUUGUUGACAAAACCUCAUCUUAUUUGUGAUAAGUCACAGUCUCUUAAUCAACAUUGUCGGUGUAUGAGGAAUCCAGUGGAAAACUGAAAAUCCCCAAAGCUGCAAACCACAAGUCUCCUUGAGCUUUGAUUUUGGUUGUUUUGUCUGGAGUCCAUCUCCUGUGCCACAAGAGAGUCCAUAAUAUGCUGUGGAAUUGGCUUCCGACAGCAGUCUCUAACACACUGACUUUGAGCUCAUUGGACAAAACAUGAUGUACAUAAGUACUGUUGCUGUCACUGUUACUACUUGGGAAGGAGUAUCCAUAGUAAAAGGCAUUGUUAGUAUUUACCAAGUGCUCAUAAUGCAUACUCAUGGGUGAACUGGUUCCAACAAAGAACCCCAAGUUUACUGAGAGUUUCUUUGAGGGGCUCUAAAGUUGAUGUUCAGUGCCCCUUCAAUGGUGUCUAACUGCCUCUGACAGUGCCUAACUGCACACACAGACAUCAAGCUGUCUUCUAUGAUGCACCGUAUGGAACACUGGUAGUCCUUCUCAUGUUUAAACACAUAUCCAAUGUUCUUGCUCAUGUUAUGCUCCAGUUUCCAACCAGUAGUCUCUAUGUAGAGUCAUGUUAAGAUGGAGGGAAAAGUAGUCCUAAAUUAGUUUUGCUUAACUAACAUGCAGUGGUACCAGAAGCAUUACAUUUAAGUCAGUAAAUGCCAGAAUGAAACUUCUGAAAUUAGAAGAUAGUCUCUUAAAAUUGUUUAUUAUAAAUGCAAUCAGAAUGAGGAGAUACUGAUAAAUGUUGCUAACAAAGCCGGUAACAAACAGCGCACACAGCUCUCAGAAAAGUGUAGAGCCUGACAGGCUGUGCAAAAAUCCCCAGGCUGAUUUUGAGAUGAUAAGAAAGCUGUUCGUUGCCAGAACACCAGACACAAAUAUUUUGGUAGCUAAAGAUCAGUGCCAACUUCUUCAUUGACAGCCUCUUACACAGCAAAGUAAUACAAAUAUACAUUCCCCCCUUGGGAAAUUUGAAAUAUUGUGUUUGACUUGAAAAAGAAAAUAAUGUGGACUUAAAUUCUUUGCAUUUUAUUUAGCCCAGAACCAGUUCAUCACUGAGCCAAGCAAAGGAGAAGUGUAGGUACCAACAUUAAAAUGCCAGAAGACAGUGUCAGGAACUGCACGUUUUCACUAAAACAUGUUGGCAUUGGCCUGUCCCUCAUAUGAACUAUUUUAGGGCCAUAGAAUUAAUUCAGUAUCUUUAGCAAUACUUAAUAAAGGCCUUUGUACUGUAGAAGACAGGUAUCUGGAUUAGCAUUUGAUCUAGAUGCAAUUAUGAUGUUAUUAUCCAUGGCAGGGAAAUUGAUCUAGACCUUACCAAAGACUGAAUGAAAUGUCUGUUAUUUCAGGAACCAUGCUUCAGUUUGCACAUGUGUAAAGGACUCUUACUUUAUAUUAGUCUCAUUAACAAUUCACUGUUCUCCAAAGACUUAACAUGAGCAGUUCCUAUGCAAACAACCUGUUUAACUGCACUACAAAAGUUUGCCACUACACAUGCAUCUGUUUGACAACACAUUCCAUGUUCCACUUCAAAUAAAGCUAAUGCACUUCCCAA